CUGCUCUGGUCUGGAGAAUCUGACGGUUGACGGCUGCUGGAAAUUCGACCACGGGGACAGGGGUGGCAUGCCUCCAGUGUCACGGGCUUGACGAGACUCCAGGGCAUAACGUUGCCACCGAUUCUCUCGAGUAAUGCCAUCUGCAAAGCAUGGGUUGUGGAAGUGAGCCUCAUGCUCUAUAGAGAAGCUCAACUUCAAGUCGCUGCUGUCCAUGGAUAUAAGUAUGCCUGGCUUCCCUUUGAUGCCCCAGACGAAAGAUCAUCCCGCAGUGGCAUCAGUAAAAGACUCAAAGAGCAGCACAAUCACCUUUGCAUACAGUCUCUUGUACUACACGACAACCCAAUUGCUUCGUCAUGUUGAGCUUCCUCGGCAAGUCCGUGGCCCUGCUGGCUGCGCUGCAGGCUACUCUCAUCUCUGCGAGCCCCCUGGCCACAAACCAACACUCCGUUGAGAAGAGAGCUAGUGGAUCUGUGAAUGCUGUCUACUUCACAAACUGGGGCAUCUACGGACGCAACUUCCAGCCUGCGGAUUUGGUGGCGUCGGAUAUCACCCAUGUCAUCUACUCGUUCAUGAACCUCCAAGCGGACGGCACUGUUGUCUCCAGUGAUACCUACGCUGAUGCUGAGAAGCAUUAUGCUGAUGAUUGUAUGAACGCCUGGAAUGACGUUGGCACCAACAUCUACGGUUGCGCCAAGCAGCUGUUCAAGUUGAAGAAGGCCAACCGAAACCUCAAGGUUAUGCUUUCCAUCGGUGGCUGGACCUACUCCACCAACUUCGCCUCCGCAGCAAGCACGGAUGCGAACCGAAAGAGAUUCGCAUCAACUGCCAUUACAUUCAUGAAGGACUGGGGCUUCGACGGCAUUGACAUCGACUGGGAAUACCCUGCCGACAGCACCCAAGCCUCCAACAUGAUUCUUCUGCUGAAGGAAAUCCGAUCUCAGCUCGACGCCUAUGCCGCAGCACACGCCCCUGGCUACCACUUCCUUCUCUCCAUCGCUGCCCCAGCCGGCGAGGUGAACUACUCAGUCCUGCGCCUGGCUGAUCUCGGCCAAGUCCUCGACUAUGUUAACCUCAUGGCCUACGACUACGCCGGAUCUUGGAGCAACGCCUCCGGGCACGACGCCAACCUGUAUGCCAACCCGCAGAACCCCAACGCUACGCCCUUCAACACCGAUGAUGCUGUCAAGGCCUACAUCAAGGGAGGUGUUCCUGCGAACAAGAUCGUCCUUGGCAUGCCCAUCUAUGGCCGAUCCUUUGAGGCCACCUCUGGCAUUGGCCAGCCUUACAGCGGAAUCGGAUCUGGAAGCUGGGAGAGCGGUGUCUGGGACUAUAAGGCCCUCCCCAAGUCCGGCGCUACCGUCCAGUAUGAUGACGUUGCGAAGGCUUCCUACAGCUACGACCCGAGCACCAAGGAGCUCAUCUCCUUCGACACCCCCGACAUAAUCAACACCAAGGUGUCCUACCUCAAGUCACUUGGCCUGGGCGGCAGCAUGUUCUGGGAGGCCUCAGCCGACAAGAAGGGAGCUGACUCGUUGAUUGGAACAAGCCACAAGGCUCUUGGAUCCUUGGACUCGACUCAGAACCUGCUGAGCUACCCCGACUCCCAGUAUGACAACCUCAGGAACGGACUCAUCUGA